CACGGACAUCUGUCUGAUAACUGAAGCUCACGUUACUUACUAUUUCCAUCCCCAGAGCCAUGAGCAAGCUACUCAUGUUGGUGGCCCUACAAAUACAUCCGCAUGUUUUCUUCAAACAAACCGUGCCUUUUAGCCUAUUACAUAUUGCUUAGAUAAAUGCUUGGAAUCCCCAACCGUUGGCCGCUCUGAUUUCUCAGUAAAGAAGGAAACACUGUAGUAACUUUGACGUGUGCAGACUAGGAUUUCUCCCCUUUUUCCUCCAGGUGCUUGAGACAUGGCUCCUGCUGUCUUCCUGGUCAUCCUGGGCUUGGCGGUGGUGUCAGCCUCUAAGUCCUCUGAUCCCAGCCUGGGUGCAGAACAGCAAGAGCAGCCAAUAGAAAACCAGCAGAACAACGAAGGAUUCAGAAGAGAACUAUGGGAGGAAUUUAUGAAGAAAGUUGAACUCUACAACAAGAAAAACGGCAAAAACAGUGACAGCGUCCAAGCAGAAACGGAAGACGCUGAUGACUUGGAAAACGACCAGAAUGACGGCGGCUUCAACUUAGAAAUGGACGACUUUGAUGAUUUGAACGACAGUGAAUUCAAGAAUAUUAUGGAUAAACUUUUGUUCCCCAUGUUUGGAGAGGAGGAAACCACUGAAGCACAGCCAACGGAUGAAGCCCCUAAAUUUGAGGGUUUGGCAGGGAAAGGUGCUCCUGUACAGAAUCAGUAGAAGUAACAUGGAUGGCAACAUAAAGUUAGUCAACCAGUGGAGAAACCACUACACCUUUGUCUCAGAGACGUCUGCCCCAAGAUGGGAGAUGCAUGAUGGUGGGAAAAAAAGAAUGUCUGAACUGGGGGAAGAGGAGCAGAAACAGCAAGGGGGCUCCCCAUCGUAGGAUCCAACAAUCAAAUACCUUAAGAGCCACAGUGUGGUGUGAACUCCAAGGCAUGUUCACCCUAAAACAAAACAAAACCCCUUACAGAUACUUUAACCCAUGCUCUCAACUCCUUUGUAUUAAUGUUUCUCAGAAUGAUUUUUAGACUUAACUUUUAAAAAGAGAAUACACAAAGCUAUGUCCUCAAAAUAAAGCUCCACUUAAAAUGCA